AUGUGUACUAAGGAUGAUCCAUCCUAUCUUGUGUCUGUUGUGGCAUGGUGGUAUUUACAACAGGAAAAACUUCUAGCUACUUGCCGUGAAUUUAUUUUGGAAAGCUCAGAUUUGAAAGAAUAUGCAGAGCACUGUACAGAGGAUGGGUUUAUUCCAGCCUGCUUGCUGUCUCUGUGUGGAAAAAACUUGACAACUAUUCUUAAUGAAUAUGUAGCCAUGAAAACAAAAGAAACAACAAGUGAAGUUCCAGCAAUGAUGUCAUCUCUAUGGAAAAAAUUGGACUAUACCCUUUCUCAGAUCAGGAGCAUGCAGAAUUCCACAGGAUUUUCUGCUAAUCAAAGAACACGUACAAGAAGUGGAAUUGUAGAAAUGAAAAGACAGAGAGUGCUUCAGCAGUCGGCUCCUCCAAACUCAGGAUUGCUGUCAGUAGCCCAGCAGUCAGGGUCACAAAAUUCCUCUUCUGCUGUAGCUCCUCAAGUUAUUCACAGGCCAACAAUAAAUCAAAGCAUGUCACAGACAAGACUGAAUACGUUGUUUGUGCACCAGUCUCAAACACAAGAAAAUAAGAUCACCACUGCAGGAGAUUUCAUACACGUUCAAGUUCCAGCAUCACAAGAACGAAAGCUUCAUUCAAACUUGCUUUCUCCAGGAAGACAAAAAAGUGAAUCUCAGAAGAGGAAAAGUGUUGCAACAUCUGGACCUCUUUCAGCAACUAGAAGUUCUCAAGACCCUGAUGAAGUAAUAACAGAAAAGCAACUGGUUAUUGAAAACGCCAGAGAAAAAAUCUUGAGCAACAAAUCUCUUCAGGAGAAACUUGCUGAGAACAUUAACAAAAUCCUGGGCAGCGAUGGCAAUGUUGCUCAGGCCCCUAAACAGACAGACAGUGGUCCCAUGGAACAGGAGACUUCAAUUGAUGAAAUCCUUGGACUUCAGGGUGAAAUCCAUAUGUCAGAAGAGGCUAUACAGGACAUUCUAGAACAGACUGAAUCAGAUCCAGCUUUUCAAGCACUCUUCGACUUGUUUGAUUAUGGAAAGAGCAAGGUAAACAAGAACUUACCUGCUGGUCAGAGUGGAGUAGAAAAUGCAAUCCUGGUGGAUGAGGAUAACCUGGAAACACUGGAAAGUUCUUUAGGAGCAGAAGAAACUGGUAGAUGUGAUAAUUCUGGAGAAUCACUGUCCUGUAAAGGCUUUCAGUUAGGAGAAGCAUCAUGUGCCUUGAAGACCAACAUUAACAGUGAUGAUGUGGCUAAGAAAAAUACAGCCAAUGAACAGCUGCAUGGAAAUGGUAGACCAAGGAAGCAAACUGAAGUCCUUAAAACCAUUACCUCUGAACAUAUUGGAGAGCUUGAAAUCGCUUUCAACCCUGUGCCUGGUUUGACUGAACCUCUCAAGAAACAGACUUCUGAUAGCGAAUUCAGUGAACACUGCGGAGAUUCUUAUGAUAAAAAAGAGUCAUCUGCAUUAGUAUCUGAAAGUGAGAGAGCUAUGGAAAUUGAAAAAGGCCCACUAAGUCAUAGUGCUCAAAGUAGUCCUAAUUUAGAACUUGUUCAUUCUGGUAGUCCACAGAUUUCUUUGAUUUCAUUGGUAGAAGGUACUAUAGCCAGUGAAAACAGAGGACGUUCUGGAAGUCACUUAUCACCAGAUACAUCACAAUCUGAAAAAACACUUGCUAAAAGCCCUUCUCAUGGGACCCCUGGCCACAGUGCACUGCUCAGGAAAAACAAUUCAUCAAUUUCUAGCCCAUCAGCAGAGGCAGGAAAAGAGCAGGGUGUAACAAAUGGCACAGCUGCCCUGCCUGGUAUUUUAGAGGACAGCUCUAGCCACUGCUCCAACCAUCAGGAACAGAGUACACAGCCAGACUGCGCUGCAAGAUCUGCAGUGAAGAUUUCGGAUCUUGAGAAAACAGAGUUGCAGCUUGAAGUUGUUGAUACUUCUAACAAACCUUAUUCAAAUGAUCAGCACACACUUGAUAAGCCUUGUAAGAAAGAUUUUAACCUCCCUUCAGGACUGCCAAACUCAGAGGGAACACAAGGGGAAAUGCAAGAACCUUCAUCUUCUACAAAAGUAGAUGCUGAUAAUUUAUAUUUCUCUGCUGGUGAUGGUGCAUGUACAGAAAUUUCUGUAGUAUCCACUGAAAAUAAUCUUACUACAUCUGAAAUAUGCCACCCUCCUCUCCCAGAAACUGCAUCCUCAACAGAUGAGUCGGGUAUCGAGGGAAAAAGUAUUAGCAGUGUUUCUUCCAGUAGUCAACCAGUGGAUGUUGAUCCUUCUAAUACCAUGUCCCUCAAGAUUAUCAUCAGUGAUGAUCCGUUCAUCUCCUCAGACACAGAGUUAAAUAAUGCUGUUUCCAGCAUCACAGGAGAAAACUUGCGAACUAUAAUAUUGUCUUCUCCAGCCAAAUCCCCGACCAAAACUGCAGGCUUGUCCAACUGUCUCACUUCAGAAGACACAGAAAAAAAUGUGGAUUCAGCUUUGGCAGAGCAGAAUCUUCUUGUGCUUAGACCGAAGGAUCCUGUAGUCACUGCAGUUACCACUCAGAAUGAAGACUGCACUGUUUUUUCGGUUGCGGGUACGACGAGUCUUUCCAAGGAAGGAGGAUUUAUACAGUUGCUGCCAGCGACAAGCACGGCUUUUGGGAAUUCGAACAACCUUUAUAUAGCCACCUGCGUGACUGAUCCAGCUGCCUUGGGCACAGCUGUAACAACGCUAUCAAAUGUAGUUGUCUUGCCUGGCAAUUCCGUGCCUCUUGCUGCCCAAGCCCCAGUUGUGCAGCAGUUACAGACUCCUCCUCGAUCCAGCAAUAUAUUUGCAGCAAACCAGACUGUCUCCUCAAAUUUCCCACAAGGCUCUGCCAUUAUAAUUACAUCUCCAGUGCAACCUGUUCUGCAGGGAAUGGUGGGAAUGAUACCGCUCUCAGUGGUGGGGCAGAAUGGAAAUACCUUCUCAGCACCUGCCUGCCAGGUUCUACACGUGCCUGUGGCUAACCCAGUGAGUGUCCCAAAACUUCCCAUCCCUCCCAAGUCACAAAAGAUUCCUGGAGCAAGGAACAAGACUAAUACAGGUACCCAGAUUGCAUCCUGGAGAAGGGCAGAGGAGAAGAGCCCAAAUUCGGACAAGCUUAUCACUGCAGAACUAGGAAGGAAAGCGGAGGAGAACUUACCUGUCCCAUCAGUAGAGAGCACAAGCUUGAAUUCAAGACAAAACGAAAGUCACAGGAGAGUGCUUUGCUUUGAUAACGUCCCACCCGCUCCAGGAGGGAAUGCCCAAAUUCAGACUACAAAGAGUUUAUCUCAAAAAGAAAGAAAUGAAAAUACUUUGCUUGCUGUUGAUUCUGCAUCGUCCUCUGCUAAGGCACAGCCAGCAAAGAGAGAGAAAGAUAAAACGUUGCCCAGAAUUCUGUGUAAGCCAGAAGUUAGCAGCAACAGGAGCACAUCCGCAAAGGAGCUGCAGCCCGAGCGGAAGGUGGCAACUGCAGGGCUUCCACUCGAUCCCUUCCACAAAACUACAGCAAAUAAAGAAAAUGAAUUACAAAGAGAUACGGAUGAGAAACAGAAGAACCAGGACACUGCCAAACUCUCAAACGGCCAGCAGAGCGCUAGCUUAUGGAAUGAGAAGACAGUUGCUUCAGUGCAAGAGCUGAACAAAAAGCAAGGGUCACUGUCAAAUGGGACGAGCAAAUCUUCUGUGUCCAUGUCUUUGUCUGCAAAGGAGCCAAAGCGAGAACCAGCCAAAGUUUCCAACCAAGGCCUUUGUCUGUCAAGUCCAUGUACCAAACAAUGUCUGGAAAUGCUGCAAGACAUUCAGUGGCACAGCCCAACCAGUAAAGCAGUUGAAAACAGAGAAUUGCCAGUGCCCCGUACGCCGUCCGGAGUUGGGGACAGGCAUACGGAAGAUACUACAGACAGCGUACGGACACCAACCUGUCGGCGCUUCAACGAGGACAGCACAACCCCUAGAAUUAUGGUACCCCCUGCUACGCCUGACUUGCCUGCCUGCAGCCCUGCCAGUGAAACAGGCAGUGAAAACAGUGUCAAUAUGGCUGCCCACACGCUGAUGAUCCUGUCACGGGCAGCCAUCGCGCGGACUAGCACUGCAACUCCCCUGAAGGACAACACUCAGCAGUUCAGAUCCUUACGGAGCGUGGUAAAGAAAAGGAAACUUGAGGACUUGAGUGAAGGUGAGAGAAAUUCACGUUCUGCAAAUAGAGAAGACCUUCAAAGCUCGCCAACGCCAUCAAAAAAGAAGAAAAUAAAG